ACCCCGGUAGAUGUGCUGUAUCACUGUCUGUGUGUUUUGCCUUGCAUGGACGGUGUUGGGGGCACUUUCCAUAUGCCCCCAGGGUAGGGACUGCCUCAAUCCCUUCUGUAUGCCCUGCUGCAUUGAGCAACCUCUUCCACAUGAUGGGUAUGUGAUAAAUAUUGGCUAAAACAGGCAAGCCGAUUUUUUCAGUUGAUAUUCACCCUGACGGGACCAAGUUCGCAACUGGAGGACAAGGGCAGGAUUCUGGGAAGGUUGUGAUCUGGAAUAUGUCUCCAGUCCUCCAGGAGGAUGACGAGAAGGAUGAAAAUAUUCCCAAGAUGCUUUGCCAGAUGGACAAUCACUUAGCAUGUGUGAACUGUGUGCGGUGGUCAAACAGUGGGAUGUAUUUAGCUUCUGGGGGAGAUGACAAACUGAUUAUGGUGUGGAAGCGGGCUACGUACAUCGGCCCCAGCACCGUGUUCGGCUCCAGUGGUAAGCUUGCCAAUGUGGAGCAGUGGCGGUGUGUCUCCAUCCUCCGGAGUCAUUCAGGCGAUGUGAUGGAUGUAGCAUGGUCUCCCCAUGACGCCUGGCUAGCCUCGUGCAGCGUGGAUAACACUGUCGUCAUCUGGAAUGCUGUAAAGUUCCCAGAAAUUCUAGCUACUCUGAGAGGUCAUUCUGGCUUGGUCAAAGGGUUGACAUGGGACCCUGUUGGUAAAUACAUAGCCUCUCAAGCUGAUGACCGCAGCCUAAAGGUGUGGAGGACGCUGGACUGGCAGUUGGAGACCAGCAUCACCAAGCCUUUUGAUGAGUGUGGAGGAACGACCCAUGUGUUGCGGCUCAGCUGGUCACCUGAUGGGCAUUACCUAGUGUCUGCCCAUGCCAUGAACAACUCAGGCCCCACUGCCCAGAUCAUCGAACGGGAGGGAUGGAAGACCAACAUGGACUUUGUUGGGCACCGGAAAGCUGUGACUGUCGUGAAAUUCAACCCAAAAAUCUUCAAAAAGAAGCAGAAGAAUGGGAGUUCUGCCAAGCCCAGCUGCCCGUACUGCUGCUGCGCUGUUGGCAGCAAGGACCGCUCGCUUUCUGUCUGGCUCACAUGUCUAAAACGGCCGCUGGUGGUCAUCCAUGAACUGUUUGACAAAUCCAUCAUGGAUAUUUCCUGGACUCUGAAUGGGCUGGGCAUCUUGGUGUGCUCUAUGGAUGGCUCUGUGGCAUUCCUCGACUUCUCCCAGGAUGAGCUUGGUGAUCCCCUGAGCGAGGAGGAGAAGAGCCGCAUUCACCAGUCCACCUAUGGCAAGAGCCUGGCCAUCAUGACCGAGGCCCAGCUCUCCACAGCCGUCAUUGAGAACCCUGAGAUGCUCAAGUACCAACGGAGGCAGCAGCAGCAGCAGCUGGACCAGAAGAGUGCCGCGACCAGGGAGAUGGGCUCAGCCACCUCAGUCGCAGGUGUCGUCAAUGGGGAGAGUCUUGAAGAUAUCAGGAAGAAUCUUCUGAAGAAACAAGUUGAGACUCGGACGGCAGAUGGUCGGAGAAGAAUCACACCUCUCUGCAUAGCACAGCUGGACACUGGGGACUUCUCCACGGCAUUCUUUAACAGCAUCCCCCUCUCGGGCUCCUUGGCGGGCACCAUGCUCUCUUCUCACAGCAGUCCACAGCUACUGCCACUGGACUCCAGUACCCCUAACUCCUUCGGCGCCUCGAAGCCUUGCACAGAGCCUGUGGUGGCUGCCAGUGCCAGACCUGCAGGCGAUUCUGUCAAUAAAGACAGUAUGAAUGCUACCUCUACUCCUGCUGCAUUGUCACCUUCUGUGUUAACGACCCCGUCCAAGAUUGAACCCAUGAAAGCAUUUGAUUCCCGGUUCACAGAGCGGUCCAAAGCCACGCCAGGUGCUCCUGCCCUGACCAGCGUGACUCCAACAGCCGUGGAAAGGUUAAAAGAGCAGAACCUUGUGAAAGAGCUGAGGCCCCGAGACCUCCUGGAGAGCAGCAGUGACAGCGAUGAGAAAGUCCCUUUGGCUAAGCCUUCCUCACUGUCCAAGCGAAAACUUGAGCUUGAGGUAGAGACAGUAGAGAAGAAGAAGAAAGGGCGGCCUCGGAAGGACUCUCGUCUCAUGCCUGUGUCUCUGUCUGUCCAGUCUCCAGCUGCCCUAACCGCAGAGAAGGAGGCCAUGUGUCUCUCUGCACCAGCACUUGCACUGAAGCUGCCAAUUCCAGGCCCCCAGAGAGCAUUCACCCUCCAGGUCAGCUCCGAUCCCUCCAUGUACAUUGAGGUGGAGAAUGAAGUGACAGUGGUGGGGGGCGUGAAGCUGAGCCGCCUGAAGUGCAACCGGGAAGGGAAGGAGUGGGAGACGGUACUCACCAGCCGGAUCCUCACUGCUGCGGGCAGCUGUGACGUGGUGUGUGUCGCCUGUGAAAAAAGGAUGCUGUCAGUGUUCUCCACCUGUGGUCGCCGUCUCCUCUCUCCCAUCCUCCUGCCGUCCCCGAUCUCUACUUUGCAUUGCACAGGCUCCUACGUCAUGGCGCUUACUGCUGCGGCCACACUGUCUGUCUGGGAUGUUCACAGACAGGUGGUUGUGGUGAAAGAAGAGUCUCUACACUCCAUUCUGGCAGGAAGUGAUAUGACGGUAUCACAGAUCUUGCUGACGCAGCAUGGAAUCCCAGUAAUGAACCUGUCUGAUGGGAAGGCGUACUGCUUUAAUCCGUCACUUUCUACAUGGAACCUGGUUUCUGACAAGCAGGACUCACUGGCUCAGUGUGCAGACUUUAGGAGCAGCCUGCCAUCCCAGGACGCCAUGCUGUGCUCAGGACCAUUAGCCAUAAUCCAGGGCCGCACCUCCAACUCGGGAAGGCAGGCUGCCCGGCUCUUCUCCGUGCCUCAUGUGGUGCAGCAAGAGACCACCCUGGCCUACCUAGAGAACCAGGUGGCAGCAGCACUCACCCUGCAGUCCAGCCACGAGUACCGCCAUUGGCUCCUCCUUUACGCACGGUACCUCGUAAACGAAGGGUUUGAAUACCGACUUCGAGAAAUAUGCAAGGACUUACUGGGUCCGGUUCACUACUCCACUGGAAGCCAGUGGGAGUCAACAGUAGUGGGUCUGCGGAAGAGGGAGCUGCUGAAGGAGCUGCUGCCAGUCAUCGGGCAGAACCUCCGAUUCCAGCGCCUCUUCACCGAGUGUCAGGAACAGCUCGACAUCCUGAGGGACAAGUAGCCUCCCCCGGCCUGCCCUGGCUGCAGCAAGGGCAGGGCCACACUCUCGCCGCUGAUGACACGCAGGGCCACCUCUCACCUGACCAGGCUGUAGGGGGAGGAGACACUGGCAGGAGAUGUGCUGUCCUGCACCAGCGCCAGCCCAGCUCCCUGGGCAGAUGUGCCCUGUGUCCUGGGCCUGGCAUUGCCUCAGGAGGGGGAAGCUUGUCCCUCCCUCCUAGCCCCACGUGCGGAGCUAGGGCUGGAGCUCUGCCCAGGUGCCCUGGGGCCAGCAAGGCACUCCCAGGUCUGCCGUCUCCAGCACGGCCCCAAGGUGGACACUAGCCCCUGCUGCUGCAGGUGCCAUGCUGCUUCAGCGGUGACGAUUGAGCCAUUUGUGAGAGAGAAUCUGGAAACGUUAGGUAUUAUGCAGUCAGCAGACUGACCUGAGACCUAUGUAAAAGGAAAGCUGUUCCAACACACGGACUAUUUUUGUACUAGAAUUUGCUAACUUGUAAUAUGGAAUUUCCUCUGGCCGAUAAUCAGGAUUUCCCUAUAAGUCACUUGGACAUUGGUCACUUGUAGGAAAUUUAAACUCUAAUUAUGACAGCUACACUGAAAAAUAAUUGUACUGAAAUUAACUUGUCUAUCUUCAUUUGGUUUUAAUUUUUAAAUGUUUGUAAAAAGAGACUGUUUUGGGGGAAUGGGGCAAAGGGGUGGGCGAUUUCUUUUGUAAGUGUAAAAUAAAUGAACACGCAUUGAAUACCAAA